GAUACCAAGAAGUUACAGGAAUAGUCUUGUUUGUGUCCCCUGAGGUGAUGGGAUGGUUUAGUAUUCACAUUCCUCCAAAUUGCUUAAAGCCCCUCAAGAAAAUCCAGGACCGCCAGGCAGAGUCAGUCUCCAGAAGUCUUGAGACAGACUGACUGACGACUGCUGCUUCUGUCUUCAUCUCCCAAAGGAGGAUUGUUUCUUUCACCGCUAGUAGCUGUCUAGCUGGGUAGAUAUCUCUGAACAUGAAGGUGCUUGAAAUGUUCAUUCUGGCAGAAAUUGUGGGCUCCUUGCAUGCUUUCCCGAGACCUGCUGCAAUCCAUUGCAACUGGAAUCCAUAUGGUCCUUGGUCGGAAUGUGACGGCUGCAAUAAGACCCAGAUUCAUCGGCGAACAGUAGCAACAUUUGGACAAUUCGGGGGCAAUCCAUGUUCCGGGGAUUCAUUCGAAUCCCGUCCAUGUAUGUCUACGAGAGGCUGCCCAACAGAGGAUGGCUGUGGCGAUCGUUUCCGAUGUCCUUCAGGGCUAUGCAUAAGCAGGUCGUUGGUGUGCAAUGGAGAUAAUGACUGUGGUGCAGACAGUGCGGAUGAAGACCGAUGUGAGACAAUCAAGGUGGUUUGUGACACCAAUAAGCUACCUCCUAAUGUAGAACUGACAGGUGCAGGCUUUGAUGCCCUUACAGGUGAGACCAAAGAAAGUGUAAUCCAUAUGAAAAGUUUUGGUGGCCAGUGCAGAAAGGUAUUUAGUGCUGACCAGAGAGAAUAUUAUCGCCAGAGUGACAAUUUCCUUUCUUACACAUUCCAGGUGCAAGUUCAGAAUGAUUUCAGCACUAAGUUUUAUGACAGUCGCUGGUCUUAUAUGAAGCACUUAGCAAACCAUGGAACUGGAAGCUCUAGCUAUUACUUUAACUCUGACAUGCAUUCUGAAAACGAGUCUGAGAUCGAGAGCCUUUUGGUGAUAGAAAACAGUGUGGAGGUUGCCCAGUUCAUCAAUAAUCGGCCAGAAUCUCUAACUCUCGCCGAGCCCUUCUGGAAAGAGCUUGCUAACCUUCCAGCAUUCUAUGAGUACAAUGCAUACCGAAAAUUAAUUGACCGUUUUGGAACACAUUUCUUUCACUCUGGAUCUUUAGGAGGGCGAUAUAAAGCUCUGCUUCAUUUGGGUGCAGAUACCAUGAGAACAGAAGGUCUGAGCAAGAAGGACAUGUAUGAAUGCACUUCAUCAGGCUACUUUAAAUUCGGGGAAGAAUUCAACAAAUGCAAAAAUGUGAAUUCUCUGUUAGAGCGAUUCUUAGGUCAGAGCAACAAGAUGAUUACAGUGGAUUUCAUUGUAGAGGGAGGAAGUCCAGCAUCUAUAGCUGAACUAAACACCUUGGACCUUGAGGAACCUGCUGGAAACUCUGAACGGUAUUCCGCAUGGGCUGGAACAGUGCCCUCUUAUCCAAGAAUCAUCAAGAAAAAAAUCAAGCCAUUGUAUGAGUUGGUAAAGGAAGUCCCUUGUGCCUCAGUCAAAAGACACUUCCUGAAACAAGCCAUUGAAGAAUACAUGUCUGAAAAUGAUCCCUGCAGAUGCCGCCCAUGUCAGAAUGGUGGCCAGCCGGUCAUUGUAGGAACUCAGUGCCUGUGUCUUUGCAAGCCAGAUACUUUUGGAGUCGCUUGCGAACUGGGAACUCUUGUCCAUGACCAGCCAGGUGUCAUUGAUGGUGGCUGGAGCUGCUGGUCUUCUUGGAGCUCUUGUGCAGGAGGGAGGAAAUUGAGAAGCAGAAGCUGUAACAAUCCAUAUCCCAGUGGUGGUGGAAGGUCUUGCAUUGGAGAAGCAACCGAAAUCCGUCAGUGUGAGGAUGAGAAGUUGCAGCAUUUUCGUUCAAUAGAGCCCCACUGCUUUGAUAUGUCUGCAUUUGGUACAAGAUCCUGCCCACCACCUCCUCCCUUGGAAAAUGGAUAUGUUCAGGAUGCAGAUUCAUCUUAUCCUGCAGGUAAAAGCAUCAUCUACAGGUGCAAUAAUGGAUAUGCUCUUGUAGGAAAUUCUGUUGCUACCUGUGGUAAAGACUUCAAAUGGAUCACUGGACAAAUGAACUGCCAGAAAACCGCUUGUUUAUUACCUGCAUUGAAAGAAGGAAUGAGAAUAUAUCCAGAGAAAGGUGUGUAUGAAAUGGGAGAGAAAGUGAGACUGUCGUGCCCAGAUGAUAUGCAGCUGGAGGGGCAUAGUCUUCUCUUGUGCCAGCCUAACUUGAAGUGGUCUCCUGACAUUGACAACAUCCAGUGCAGAAGAGACCAGCCGAGCCUGAGUAUCAGAGACCCAACACAGCCUGAAUGCCAGCCGUGGGAGAAGGUUCAGCAGACGCACUGCGUGUGCAGGUCACCAAAAGAAUGUGGGCCUUCCCUGGAAAUCUGUGCAAUAAAUGCCAGAACUGAGAAAGCUACUUGGGUAUCCGUUUGUCAGCUGCGCACUCUGGAGUGCAUGGGCACACCGUUUACUUUGGUCAGCGAGGAAAGCUGCAGAACACCUGAUCCAACCGAGAUAUCUUGUGGCUCAUGCCACGUAUGGGAGACAUGUGAUGUUUCCACCAACACAUGCAUGUGCAGUCAAGAUGGGAGCUGCAGCAGCAACGGAAUGAGCAUUUGUGUGCAACUGGACGGCAGUGUUGCCCAGCAGACAAUGACCGAAUGCCAGGCCGGCCUCCUCAAGUGCCAGGGAAGACAUUUCACCAUUGUCAGCAUCAGACCCUGUGCUGUACAGAGUUCCAAACGCUUUAUUUUUGGAUGGUCCUGA